AUGCGAUCUUUUGUCCCGACUGUCGUCAUCCUCUGGCCAGUCUAGCAAAUUUCUGCUCGCAGGCCCGGGCUCUCGGUCUCGCACGCGCCGCUGACGCUGUCACCGCGGACUCGUCUCAAGAAUCCGAGGCUGCAGACGGAUCGGGAGCAACACCUAAUCGAUACUUCAUCGUCGCACACCCUCCACCCCAAGCAGGACGUGCAUCCUCGAACUCGUCUUUUGAUGUUCAAUUGGUCAGUGUUUGGGCACUUGCUCGGCCUUUCACUCAACUUCCCAAAGGUCUCUGGGAAGUGACUCGUUUGGGGCACGUGACAGCCGGUAGCCCCUUUCGGUGUCUUUCAGACCGGCCCGGGCGCGCUGUUUUCGUUAGGUCACCGGACACGGGAAGGACAAAAAAAAAAGGAAAAAGCGGGGGCGUGAGACUGACUCCUCUCUUGGCUGAUGCACAUGACGAAACCAGUCGACGUGCACCGCCUCGUUGGACCGCAUCAUUUCCAAGAUGCCCACGGGCGUAGAGGUCGUUCACCAACUUCGCUCAGAGUGGAUUGAGCGUCGUCUUCAAGGGGAAGGUUACGGCCGAGGAGUUAGGAGCUACUCGAGGGGUCAAGGUCAGCAUCCUUUCGUUUGGACUCGUAUGAAAAAUAUGUUGAUAUUCUGUCUUCGUUUUGUGGGAUGUAGCAUGUCAUCCCUGUUGGGAAGAUACCUCAUCCCGAGCACUCGAUGCCUGCACCGCUGAAGACUCUGCUGAAACGUUAAAAUCCGAUCGAACGCUUGAAAAAGCCGGUCAUUGGGUUCGCAAAUAAAAGCACAGCUGUAUUUGCUCCUCAUGCCAUGAGUGGUGUUGAUGACUUGCAUAGACGAGGGGUAAAGGGUAAAGGUGAGUGGUCCGUUGCGCUUUGAUCCGCGGGAGUUGUUACAAAUUCUGAUCGUCUGUCCCGUGGUUCAGGGACCCAUGUCUGCGUAAUCGAUACUGGUGAGCGCACGAUUCACACUUCACCUCGUAUUUCGGAAAUCAUUCAUAGAGAGCUGAUCGGGCAUUCUUCGUACAGGGGCCGACUACAAGAACCCGAUUCUCGGAGGGGGUUUUGGUCCCGGCUACAAGUUGACGACCGGCUAUGACUUUGUCGGUGAUGACGGCCAAAGCCCCAGCAAUGACCCAUACACCGAAUGCGACAAGCACGCGACGCACAUCUUGGGUAUCAUCGGAGCCAACGAGAAUCCGUACGGCUUUCUCGGUGUCGCGCCCGAAGCUACGCUUGGCCUGUACAGGUGAGAAUGAGCCUUUCCGCGCUCGACGCAAUAGUCGUUCAGAUCUGAAGCGCCAUUCACAUGCCAUCAGGAUUUUCGCUUGCCGCCAACAGGGCGGACAAGACGAUACUCUCGUUCAGGCUAUGCUACGAGCUGAAGCAGACGGGUGCCAGGUCAUUUCGUGAGUAUUCACCUGCACCUGGGGUAGUUUCGCGUCUGAGCAAAUGCUGACGUGAUCCAACUGGUAGUAUGAGUUUUGAGGCCGGCAACUCGGACUGGGGAGAUGACUACCCUCCAAGGACGGUGAUGAACGGUCUCUCUGCCAAAGGGAUCAUCUUUCUCGCUUCGAGCGGCAAUAGUGGGGCCGCCGGCUUGUUCUCGGCACAAGAUCCCGCGAUCGUCUCGAGCGUUCUCUCGGUGGGAUCGGUCGAUGUCACUGCGUUCGCCCGCGUCUUCCCCCUCAGUUUCGACGAUUCGAGCCUCAAACCGGUGGGGUACCUCUCUGUAUUGCCAAUCAUGCUCAACGACUCGAUGCCGCUCUACUUCGUGACGCAGAGUGAAAAGCUUGACCUGAACAACCCCGCGUGCGCCUCUCUUCCCGCGACCAUUCAAGAUCUAUCUAAAAAGAUCACCGUGGUGCAGUUGACACCGCAAUGUGAUUUGACAUCGUUACAAAUUCAUCUAACUGCUCGCAACGCCCGCUACGUCAUCGUCCACGACAUUGCAAACCGCCCCGUGGCAGCCGCAUCGUUCUACGUUCCUGGAAUUGACCAAGGGACGUAUUUUCUUGGCAUGUCCAAGGACGAUGGUCUACGCUUGCUCUCGUACUACAAGACCGAUCCGAGUCUUCGUGUCAACUUCCGAACGCGCAUGCCGCUCGCGCCACUUCCAAACCCUAGCACAGGGGGCCUCAUCUCGGCCUACUCGUCCCACGGCCCUUCCAAUUCGCUCGCCAGUCCCGGAACCCACAUCGUCGCUCCUGGUGGAUCGAUCCUUUCCACCCUCCCCAUGAGCAUGGGGUCGAUCGGUAUCAUUUCGGGAACAAGCAUGAGCAUUCCUUUCGUCGCCGGUGUAACAGCGCUCUUGCUCUCCUCCCCGUCGAAAAAGGGGCUCAGCUCGGACCAGCUCAGAGCGCUGCUCGCGACGACCGCCAAGUCCGUGAUGGGUGGCAGCACGAAGGGCGAUGGUCGACCAGCUUCGGUGCUCGUCCAAGGAGGCGGUCUUGUCUCGGCACCACACGUAUUCGACGCAAAAACGCUGGUCGAGCCUUACUUUCUGGCUAUGAACGACUUCUCCAGCCAUGAACGGACGAGAUCGAUCAAGCUCACGAAUCACAAUUUACGGGCGGUGACGUACGUCUUCAAGAACCUACCGGCAGAAACUUUGGCACUCUUCAAUGAAGUAAUUAUUCAGCGUUUUUAAACUUUGGGGAGGAGAGCAACUUCGUCAAACACACUUCUGAUGUUCCACAGAGCGUCAGUUCCGACAGCUUGAUUCCUGCCUCGCCUCCAUGCUUGGUCAAGUCGGCGCAAGUCUCUUUCAGCCCGACGAAGCUCACCGUGCCUGCUGCCGGGUCCGCAUCUUUCCAAGUCACCAUCACCUCCAGCUCGCUCUACAGCAACCACUUUCCCUUCUACAGCGGAACGAUCUCGAUCCAAGGUGACGACCCAUCUCAGCAACGUUUCCAAGUGCCUUAUUUUGGUCUCGCGGCUAAGUUGGCCGACGCACCCGUGCUUAGCACUAGUUUGGCCAGCACUUCGCGAUAUGGCUCGGAGGGUUUGAGGUACCCCUUCGUGUCUGUAGGAUAUCCUUCGUCGAAUGCUCUUGUGUUGGGGCGGGGCCAAGGAUCGAAUGUCACGACUUGCAAGCGAUCGGAUGGGCUGACGAUCGUCUAUCGGCUGCUUCGUGAGUCUAAGCUCCUGUGUUUUCAGUCCUUUCAGAUGACCCCAACAACCUUCUACUCCUCAGUUCCAACUCGGGCGCUUUAUGUUGACCUCGUUUCUGCCAACACGACUCAACGUCCGACCAUUCCCGGACGACGAUCACCAGCGUCCGCGACCAGGCUUUCAGGCUCCUCUCAGCAACCCUCUCAGGAUAGACGACCUUUCGACGCAACCUCCACUCUGGGUCGGAUAUAUACGACCGACCUCCUCGAUCGGGACCAUUUGCCAACCAAUGACCGGCAAAUCAGCUUCAAUGGUGGGAUCCCGCCGGCCACUCUUGAUUCAUUAGGGGCUAGCAGCCUGCCGAAGCAGCUCGCCACGGGUCAACCGGCCCGAAUUUUACUUCGGUGAGUUGCACUCUCAGCAAUCCCACCAGCUCCCAUGCUGAUAUAAACAACUACAUCCUUCACAGGGCCCUACGACUGAACGCCGAUCCUGGGCUCGAGUCAAGCUAUGACUCGUUCCUCAGUGCCGCCUUCCAAUUCAGUGACUAG